AUGCUGGCAAAGGUGUGUCCGCGCACCACUUUCAAUCAGCUCCUCCAGGCGCGUGGCAGCCUGAAGGUGUUCCAGAUUCUCACCGCAGACGUCGACACCGUUCUCGCUCCCCUCGCAGAUCAACUGGUACUGAUGUUUUGCAAGCUCUACAGCGUGGAGGCUCCGCCGGGUUUGGUCGUCGACACGCAAAGCAUCACUAAUCAAGAGGAUCGCAUGUCCAUGUGCAGGAGGUUGAACGACCUCCGCAGAGAGCGACUGGCUCCCCUUGCAUCUCCAGCGUCGGCGCCAUUCUAUCAGGAGGAUGGCUUCAAAUGUGUGCCUAUGAGUCGUCAAACUGAGAGGCACUUUUGGGACCUGUUCCAUCGGCUUCCUGUGGCCACCACUGAUGCUUCCAGAUGGAAGGCCGUCUUGAAGCAUGUUGACCAAUGCCCUGAGAAGCCCAAGAGCACCCCAACCUCCAGGGAUGUGGAGUGGGCUUCCGCUGAAUUGCAAGAUGGACAUGUAGCUUUGCAGGAUCUGGCUGCGGGCUCUCCUCUCAAGCCGGGUCUCCCACUCGCUGCUGAGGAGGAUUACGCUACAUGGGUCAAAGGUCGUGUCGAUGUUGAUACGGCCAACCUGUCCUUGGCCACGCUGGAGCUGGACACCAAAGCUCGCAAGUUCUCAAAAAAGAUGUCUGCGGACAAGGCCUUGAAGUCCUUGCCGCCGCUGGAGGCCAUGGGUGACUUAUUCACCGUGGUAUACAAGAUCUAUCUCAGGAAACUUGAGAAGCUGUGUUCCAACUUGAAUUCGCGUUCCAAGGAAGGUAAGGCUCUUAAAAAACUUUGCGACGACCUGAACGUGGAGAAUGAUUCGUCAUUUCCUGAUCUAGUUGCGAGGCUGCGUGCAUCGGAGAUUAUGCACAAGCCUUUGUGA